AGUCCUCCAUGAAAGUUUGCGCUCCACGAGAUUGUACUAUAAAAAUAGUAAAAUGGAAAGUUAGAAAGGGUUACAAAGUCUCACAUGGUGCUGUUCUGUGUAUUUAUGAUACAGAUAAUUCAAAGGGACUGAAAAUAAAGGCUACAGAAGUUGGGACGGUUGUUGACAUAUUGGCCAAAGAAGGUGAACUCCUGGAGCCAGGAUGUCCAGUAUUGUUGCUACAGUCGUGCACCCACCCAACCGUGAUGAAAGACAUGUGUGCAGACUGCGGAGCAGAUUUGAGGGAAGAGGCUGGUUUGGCAGGCGAUCGCAGAGCUCCAGUAUCUGCUUCUGUAGCAAUGAUUCACAGUAUCCCUGAACUUAUAGUCAGUGAAGAGCAAGCUCUGGAGCUGGGGAAGGCAGACGAGGAUAGAUUGUUAAAAAACAGGAAGUUAGUGUUGCUGGUCGAUCUGGAUCAAACACUUAUCCAUACCACUAAUGACAAUAUUCCUGCUAAUCUCAAGGAUGUUAAUCAUUUUCAACUUCCUCAUGGUAAUUCCCAGAUGUGGUACCACACACGUAUCAGGCCUCAGACGCUGCACUUCCUGGAAACUGUCUCCAAGAUGUAUGAGCUACACAUCUGCACUUUUGGCGUGCGCAUGUACGCCCACACAAUAGCUCGCUUCCUCGACCCAGAGGGAAAGUUUUUCUCGCAUCGCAUCCUAUCCAGGGAUGAGUGUUUCAACCAAAAUUCAAAGACAGCAAACCUUAAAGCCUUGUUUCCGUGUGGUGAUUACAUGGUGUGUAUCAUUGAUGACAGAGAAGAUGUAUGGAAUUUCUCCCCCAACCUGAUCCAUGUGAAGCCCUACAGGUUCUUCCAAGGCACUGCUGAUAUCAACGCUCCGCCAGGAAUGACAAAGACAGAAAAAGACAGUGAGCCCAUUACACACAAGGUCAGGCGAGUGUCAAGGUCAGAAUCAAGGGAGGAGAAGUUAGGAGAGGACAAGAAAGAGGACAGUUCUGAAAGUGUAGAUAAUGGAGAUAAAAACGUGGAAAAGUCAGAAAUCAAAAUCACAGAUAAAAAGUUUGACGGGGACGGUGAAAUGAAAUCUGAUAACACAGAUGUGAAAUCUGGCUCAGGUGAUACUGAUGAACAUGUGUCUGAGAGAUCUGAUGAAAGGAAAGACUCUCAGUCAAAAUGUGAAACAUCUGAACAAGUGUCCAUAGAAACAGAGAGUGAAAAAUUGUUACUGACAGACGACAAAACUAGUGAGGAAAAAAUGGACACCAAUAAAAAGGAAGAUAACAGUGCAAAAGAAGAAAGUGAAAAGACAGUUGAUAAGGAUAAAGGAGAGGAGGAGGAAGAGAAAAAUGAGGAAAUAGAAUGGGAUGAUGAUGACGACUACCUCAUGUACCUCGAAGAAAUUCUCACACGUAUCCACAAGGCUUUUUAUGAUUUGUAUGACCAACUACAGAAUAAAACCGUCAAGGACAAGUCAGAAUACCCAGAUCUCAAAAACAUUAUCCCCUAUGUGAAGCGAAAGGUACUUAAGGGUUGUAACAUAGUGUUUAGUGGAGUUUUCCCCACCAAUAUAUCACCAGAGAAAAGCAGGGCUUAUAUUGUCGCCAAAUCUUUAGGAGCAAACAUUCAAACAAACUUCAUUCCAAGAGUUGGCAACAACACAGACGCCACCACACAUGUAGUUGCAGCCUUGCUAGGCACAAUGAAAGUACGGACUGCUCAGAAAGCUAGAGGUGUUCACAUUGUUACUCCUAACUGGUUGUGGAGCUGUGGGGAGAGAUACGAGAAGGUAGAUGAACGAUUGUUCGAGCUGACGGCUAUAGGUCCGUCAUCACGCAACAGUCCGGAAGUGUUCAACCAAAACACGAGAAAUUCAAAACGCAAGGCAGAGGACGGUGGUGAGUUAUCUGAUGACGACAUCAUAAAACAUUUAGAGAAAAAGACAAAAGUGGCCAAUACAGUAGGCAAUAGACAGGAGAGAUUUUCAGCCAGCUACAAUCCCCUCUAUGCCUUCUCAGAUGAUGACAUAGCUUGCAUGGACAAGGAGGUCGAGGAAAUCAUGGACGAGUCUGAUGGUGAUCAGUCGGAUGAAGACGAUGAUGAGAGGGAUGCUAGGUUCCGUUCCAAAGUGUUGAGUUCAGAAUCAGCACACGAGUCCUCUAGUGAGGAGAGCAUGACCGGAGACUUCCCAAGGGGAUGGAAGUCAAAGGGCAGGAAGUCAACCUCAAAUGAAAACAGUCCAUCUCACGACAAAGACCCUGCUGACAUCUAUGUUGAGGGGGGCGAGGAAAGUGAGAAUGAACUAGACAAAUUUGAAAAGACAGUUGAAGCCUUCGCAGAAGACAGUGCAAGUGAUUCGGACUACGAUGAAUCAAUCGGGUCUGUGGACGAUGAAAUGGCUGCUGCUGUUGAGAGGGAGUUCCUCUCUCAAUAGUGAAUGGUCUUAUAGACUUGGUUUUCAUCAACAUUGUUUUUUUGUAGAAAGGAAGUUCCUCUCAUGAUCAGUAGUUAAUGGUGUCAAAGACUUGAAUUUCAUCAAAUUUGUUUAUUUUCUUUUUGUAUCAAUUGUUUUGAAUUCAUCUUCUGUGUGUUACCCAGACUUUGUUGAAAUGCAAAGUAGGAAUACUAAGUAUUUGCUGAACAAUCAUUUAGAAUUUUACAUCUAUAGAUACAAAAGUCCUACAAUUAUCAAUUUUCUCCGUGAAUCUUUUAAGCUGACAAUAUUAUUAUAAUAAAGCCUUCAGUAUGUCGUACUAUCAUUCUGUAAUACACAGUUAUUGAAGAAACACAGUGUACACGUUCAUAAUACUGAUAGGUAUUUGUUAUUUUUGGCAUGGUGAUUGUUAUCAAAGUGUUAUCCUAUACAUGUAGUUUAUGUUUCACUAUUUUGCUAAAAUUAUCCUGGGACCUUACUCAUACAGUGCUAAUUAUGACAAAUAAGUUUUUUGUAGCCUUGAUGUAAUUUUUAUUUUGUUGCACAUUUUUUGAAGUUCUUUUUUGUUAUUGAUAUGUUGAAGGGCAGCAGUGUCAUCUAUGAACAUUAGUAGAGUACAUGUGUCAUGUUAAUAAAUGAACAAUAUUGUAUAAAGGCUACAUACACCAUGAUUUUCUACAUGUAUUUACUUUGCAGUUAUUGAUAACUUCUGUUUAUCUCCCAAGCUACUGAAUAUUUAUAUAAACAUUUAAUGAUUAGAAACUUUGUUCUCUUACCUUAGUAACUGAAUAUUUAUAUAAACAGUCAGUGAUUAGAAACUUUGUUCUCUUUCCUUACUUACUGAAUAUUUAUAUAAACAUUUAAUGAUUAGAAACUUUGUUCUCCUUAGUUACUGAAUAUUUAUAUAAAUAUUUAGUGAUUAGAAACUUUGUUCUCUUUCCUCAGUUACUGAAUAUUUAUAUAAACAUUUAAUGAUUAGAAACUUUGUUCUCUUUCCUCAGUUACUGAAUAUUUAUAUAAAUAUUUAGUGAUUAGAAACUUUGUUCUCUUUCCUUAUUUACUGAAUAUUUAUAUAAACAUUUAAUGAUUAGAAACUUUGUUCUCCUUAGUUACUGAAUAUUUAUAUAAACAUUUAAUGAUUAGAAACUUUGUUCUCCUUAGUUAUUGAAUAUUUAUAUAAACAUUUAAUGAUUAGAAACUUUGUUCUCUUUCCUUAGUUACUGAAUAUUUAUAUAAAUAUUUAGUGAUUAGAAACUUUGUUCUCUUUCCUUAGUUACUGAAUAUUUAUGUAAACAUUUAAUGAUUAGAAACUUUGUUCUCCUUAGUUAUUGAAUAUUUAUAUAAACAUUUAAUGAUUAGAAACUUUGUUCUCUUUCCUUAGUUACUGAAUAUUUAUAUAAAUAUUUAGUGAUUAGAAACUUUGUUCUCUUUCCUUAGUUACUGAAUAUUUAUAUAAACAUUUAAUGAUUAGAAACUUUGUUCUCCUUAGUUACUGAAUAUUUAUAUAAACAUUCAGAUUGAUUGGUAGCUUUGUUUCAGUCAUUAAAGUUGAUAUUUGCCACACAUUUUUUAUAUACUGGAUACCAGUAUGUAGACCAUUGGUUCUGUGUUACAUGUGAUGUAAAAUGCUGUAGAGAUUACUAUGUUGCAGUUAUGUUUACAAUUGUUGAUGGUAAAAAGUUCGCCCAUGAUUUUCUGUCAACAGAAUUACACUACUUAUUUUUUCAUAAUAAAAUAUUCUUGCAGCAGA